CACGUCAGCCCGAGUCCCGUCCCAGCCCCUGAGCUGGGGACGCUGCUGCCACCACUGCCCGGGACGUCCAGGCCUCCCAUCUUCCUCCCAGGCCUCCACCCAUCUGGUCGGCUGGCCGACUGGCCGCCAUGCGCCUGCCGUGGGCCGCCUCCUCCUGCGGCCUGGCCUGGGGGCCACUCAUGCUGGGCCUCUGCAGUCUCCAGGCAGCAUCCCAGUCCCAGCUGGUGCUCCCUUACCGCCCGGAGAACCAAACCUGCCAGGACCAGAAAAGGGAGUACUACGAGCCCAAACAUCACGUCUGCUGCUCGCGCUGCCCCCCAGGCACGCACGUCUCAGCUGAGUGUAGCCAUGACCAGAACACCGCUUGUGCCACAUGCCCUGAAAAUUCCUACAACGAGCACUGGAACCACCUCUCCAUCUGCCAGCUGUGCCGCCCCUGUGACCAGAUGCUGGGCUUCAUGGAGGUCACGCCUUGUACCAGCAAACACAAAGCCCAGUGCCGCUGCCAGCCUGGGAUGUUCUGCGUCUUCUGGGACUCUGAGUGUGUCCACUGCGAGCCACUCUUCAACUGCCCACCUGGCACCGAAGCUGAGCUCAGAGAUAAAGCUGGGGAGGCAAACAGAAAAUGUGUUCCCUGCAAGGCAGGGCACUUCCAGAAUUCCUCUUCCCCCAGCGCCCGCUGCCAGCCCCACACGAGGUGUGAGGACCAGGGCCUUGUGGAGGCAGCUCCAGGCACCACCCAGUCUGACACCACCUGCAGAAAUCCACCGGACCCCCCCAAGAUGCCAGGAAUGAUGCUGGUGCUGGCCAUCCUGCUGCCGCUCAUCUUCUUUCUGCUCAUCGCCAUCAUCCUUGCCUGCACCUGGAAGAGCCACCCUUCUCUCUGCAGAAAACUGGGAUCCCUGCUCAAGAGGCACCCAGAGGGAGAGGAAUCAAAUGCAGCUGAUGGCAGCUGGGAGCCCCCGAGGGUCAACCCACAUUUCCUUGACCUGGUAGAGCUGCUCCUGCCCACCUCUGGAGAUUUGACGCCAGCCUCGGCAGGGCUCCCAGCAACCCCGGUUUUGAAGGAAGAGGUGCUACAACAGCAAAGCCCUCUGAGCCAGGCCCGGGAGCUGGAGGCUGAGCUCCCAGAGCAAGGCCAGGUGGCCCACGGUACCAAUGGCAUUCAUGUCACCGGUGGGUCUGUGACUGUCACCGGCAACAUCUACAUCUACAAUGGGCCGGUACUGGGGGGAGCACGGGGCCCUGGGGACCCCCCAGCUCCCCCAGAGCCUCCAUACCCCAUCCCUGAAGAGGGUGCCCCUGGCCCUCCCGGCCUCUCUACACCCUAUCAGGAGGAUGGCAAAGCUUGGCACCUGGCUGAGACAGAGACACUGGGGUGCCACGCCCUCUAACGGGGGCCAAGGACCCAAUCUGUCACCCAUACCUGAUGGUGUCUGGGAGAAGCCAGGAGAAAGGAAGCAUGAGAGCACCUCUGCCCUGAGGCCACCCUACCCUCGUGGGACUGACGGAGGGCCUGGGUGGGGCCCCAAGAGGGACCCUGAGGGGCCGGGCCUCAGACACCUCUCCAAGAGCAGGGCAGGCACUGGCUGGGUACAGUGCCCCCACAGGACUCUCACCGCGGCCUAGGCAGGCCUGAGACUCCACUGCAGACCUCCUGCCCACUGGGGCUGCACCAACUCAGCCUCAGGCAUGGACAAGGCAUGUGACGCCAACUGCUGCCCCCAUGGCAUCUACACCUAAGCAUGGCACAGAAGGGAGCCGGCCGCGUGGUCACUGCAAGGACAUCGCCAGGACCUCUGGUAGAUUCGUGGUGCUCAUCCCCAAGCUUCAGAGGCCCUUCGAGGGCACGUGGACUGAGGGAGACCCUACAUGAAGAUGGAGUGACAUGGAGGACCACCCUCCCUCCCCCCCUAGACUGGAAAGGGAGUCCUUACAACUGGGGGCUUGGGUGGGGUUCUAGGUAUAAGGGAGAGUUUUGGAAGGAGAGGAAAAUGGUGAGUGUAUUUAUAAACUGUAACCACAUGUAAAUAAAAAGGAGACUGAGACCU